AGAGCAGCCCCUCUACUCUCCGGUCGAGUCAAAUCGGACUACGUGGAAUCUGUCAACUCAAAACUCCAGCAGUAAGAAGGCAUAAGAACAAACUCUUGUUCUUGUUCUCUCAAAACAAUAUCCCCUUUGUACGGUCAGGGGACAGGUGAGUUGUACGGGGGAAAUAACACCGUUACAGCCGGUUGCAGAAGAACCGCAGAAAAACCGCAAAUUUUGGGAAAAGUACGAGUGGAAGAACAGCUUCAGGAUGGCAGGAGGAGGAGGUUCCAGCGGUAGUAGUAAGGAAAAGAAACAGCAACACCGGUCAGAAAAUGGGGGUGGAGGAAAACCACAAUUGGUAGCGGCGGCGAACAGCAAGUACCUCGGAUCCUUGAGUCUUAUCACGUUCGCAGUGUUGACGAUCGCAUGGCUUACCGGCUUCUUGUCGCGACUCUUUUCAGUCAUCCGGUUUGAGAGUAUUAUUCACGAGUUUGACCCUUGGUUUAACUACCGAGCGACAGCGCAUAUGGUGGAGCAUGGAUUCUACAAUUUUCUUAAUUGGUUUGAUGACCGUGCAUGGUACCCGUUAGGACGUAUUGUGGGGGGUACUGUUUAUCCAGGGUUGAUGGUCACGUCGGGGACGAUCCAUUACAUCCUGUCACUGCUCAACAUUCCUGUCCACAUUAGAGAAAUUUGUGUAUUCCUCGCCCCUGUGUUCAGCGGGCUGACUGCAAUUGCAACCUAUUUCUUGACAAAAGAGAUUUGGUCCCCAGGCGCCGGCCUAUUUGCUGCAAGUUUCAUCGCCAUCGUACCAGGUUACAUCAGUCGAUCAGUGGCUGGAUCUUACGAUAAUGAAGGCAUCGCCAUUUUUGCCUUGCAACUAACGUACUUCUUCUGGGUCAAGUCUGUCAAGACGGGAUCCGUCUCAUGGGCCGUAUUAACUGCACUUUCCUACUUCUACAUGGUUUCGGCUUGGGGUGGUUACGUGUUCAUUAUCAACUUGAUUCCCCUCCACGUCUUCGUUCUGCUUUUGAUGGGACGAUUUUCUCAUCGAAUCUACACUGCGUACACUACUUUCUUCAUUCUUGGAUUAAUAUUGAGUAUGCAAAUUCCAUUUGUGGGCUUUCAACCAGUACGCACAAGCGAGCACAUGGCUGCAGUUGGAGUAUUCGCGUUGCUAAAUGCAGUUGCAUUCUUGAAGUACUUGCAACGGUUUUUGAGCAAGCAAGAAUUCAGGCAUUUCUUUCUAAUCGCUGGAGUCGCUGCUGCAGCUAUCGUUUUCGCAGCCGUCGUUGGAUUGACCUAUGCCGGUGUUAUUGCGCCAUGGAGUGGACGGUUUUACUCCUUGUGGGACACUGGAUAUGCCAAGAUUCAUAUUCCUAUCAUUGCGUCAGUCAGUGAGCAUCAACCAACUACAUGGUUUUCCAUGUUCUUCGACUUGCACAUUUUAGUGUGCACAUUCCCAGUCGGAAUAUGGUUUUGCAUCAAGAAGAUCAAUGAUGAACGAGUUUUCAUUGUGCUCUACGCCUUGUUUGCUGCUUACUUUGCUGGAGUCAUGGUUCGUCUGAUUUUGACUCUAACUCCCGUCGUGUGCGUACUCAGUGCCAUUGCGUUCUCGUCAAUGUUUGAAAGGUACCUGAAAGAUGACGAAAAUCCACAAGCAGAUCAAUCUGGAAAGAAUGAUAAUCUAUAUGAUGAGGCUGGGAAAGUUCGCAAAAUGCCACAUGAGCAGAACAAGGAUGAAAAUUCAAUUGGUGGAAAUCUACGAAUCAUAGUUCUCAUCGCAGCACUGUUCAUCAUUUUGUUGUUCGUCGUCCAUUGCACAUGGGUCACUUCGAAUGCAUAUUCUAGUCCUAGUGUGGUGUUGGCUACGUAUGAUCAGAAUGGGAGACAAAUUCUUGACGACUUCCGGGAGGCCUACUUUUGGCUGUGGCAAAAUACGGAUGACAACGCUCGAAUCAUGUCGUGGUGGGAUUAUGGGUAUCAGAUAGCAGGAAUGGGAAAUAGGACAACUCUGGUCGACAACAAUACGUGGAACAAUAGCCAUAUAGCUUUGGUCGGAAAAGCCAUGUCCAGCACGGAACCAAAAGCAUACGACAUCAUGACAAAACUUGAUGUUGACUACGUACUGGUAAUUUUUGGUGGUCUGAUCGGAUACUCUGGAGACGAUAUCAACAAAUUCUUGUGGAUGGUUCGGAUUGCAGAAGGGGAACAUCCCCAAGAUAUCCGGGAAGCUGAUUACUUUACGGCCAAAGGAGAAUACAGAGUUGAUGAGGAGGCAUCACAAACCAUGUUGAACUGUUUGAUGUACAAAUUAUCGUAUUACAGAUUUGGUGAUGUUAGGAUCGGUGGGCAUACAGGAUUCGAUAGAACUAGGAAUUCAGUAAUUGGCAACAAAAACAUUGAUCUAACGUAUCUAGAAGAAGCUUACACAUCAGAACAUUGGUUGGUCAGAAUUUACCGCGUCAAGAAACCCUGGGAGUUUAAUCGACCCAGAAUUGCGAGAAGUGCAAGAAAAAUUAAAACUAAGGCAGCUUUGACUAAGAAAACAAGUAAGAAGAAGAAGGGGUCUUUAAAAAAUAGGCCUACAAUAGUCAAAGGAAAGGCUAGCCGGACAACCGUGUAAUACUAAAAGAUUUUUAGAAGACUUUUGAUACAUUGUCAUCACCAUCAGCAUCAUCGCCCUAUCUAAUGCUAAUUAUUGUGCACGAAUAUUAACAAAUACCAAAAUCAAGACCAAGGAUGAGUUAGAUACGAAUUAUAUUUAUUAGGCAAUACACAAACCUCAUUUAUUAUUGUUAUUAUUAUGUUCAUUCAAUCUAUCUGGUUACUUUGUUAUUGUGAUUAUGUACUUCUCAUCAUCAAAUGCCUACAAUUAUCACACAAAAUUUUCUUGUUAUACAACUGUACUUACUGUUCAUAUUUAUAGUAAGUAAAUUUUGAAGAAGAAAACUUGAAUUUUAUUUUCUUGUCAUGAGUGGGAUUCCAUUUUGUUAUUGAAAAAACCGUGGGAUCAUCAUCUUCGAUAGACAAUUAAAAACUAAGAGGCUAGAUUUACAGUUAUUGUUUGUUAACUAGUUAAUAAUAAUUAAUGUUCAAUGUAGGGAGUAAUCCCUAUCAGAAUGCUGAUUACCUUGGUGGAUAAAGCGUAUAAAUAAUAGUCAUUUGUUAUUAUUUAUGUAUGUACUCGGGUUGGGUUAAGAAAUUUUAGGUUUCUUAAAACGCAUACUGCUAAAUUUGAUUCCAUUAGUUUGAUUUAUAGUGAUAAACGAGAUAGCUUUAUUUUGAACUUUACAAUUUCUAAAAAUUCUACUAUUUGAUUUGUAUUUUAAAAUUCAAAAAUUAUGUUUUAUUUAUUAUGAUGAUGAUUAUAUUCAACUAUGAAAAUUGUUGCAAUUUAUCCUUCUAAGGAAGAACACUGUGAUGAAACAAAAAAGCAAGCAAAUCGAUAACCUAAGGUUAGAUUUGUCAUAGAAUAUCUACCUUUUUUUAGAAUCGGUCGAAUGUAAAAUUUCAAGUACCACUCCAAUUUCGAUUGUCUGGUUUCCAUCAUGCACUACUCAAUUUGAGAAAAAAACAUAAACUGAAUUGUAUUGAAAAUUUCUCCUGUUUUGUAUCAGAUUGUAAGAGUGAAAAAAUCCUAUAACUGUUGUUUAGUCAUUGAUAACGAUAAUCAGCUAGAUCGAGCGUAAGUAAAAUUAAGUCCAUACAUACAUAUAUUAUGCGAUUCACUAUUUUAAUUAAAUUUGUAUUAUGAACGGAUAAAGUAGGAAUGCAUAUGCAUACACACUUGUACUUUCGUUAAAUAGUGGCUAAGUUAACCUGCAUUAUUGUUAGUUGUUGUUGCAACACAAUUAUUACUGGACCUUAUUACUGUAACGAUUUAAAUAAUAAACAUGUGCAACUGGAACAGAAGCAAAAUA